GAGGUAGCAAUAAACAACUUCAAUACAUCAAUAAAAGAUGGAGGGAAAAAACUGUGUAAUGUCAAAAUCAUGGUGCUAGGGGACGAACAUGUUGGGAAAACAUGCAUUACUAAUAGACUAGUUCAAAAACCCUUUAAUCAACAUGAACCAAGCACCGACGGUAUAGUAAUAUCUAAGCUUUGUCGAAUCAAACCUAAUGAUACAUGGACAGUCAUUCCUAAAGAAGAAGGACAAGCCAAACAGCUUCAUGAUGAAGCACUUAUUGAAUCCUUUAUAAACACAUCACUAAAAAGCAAGAAAAUCACUCAAGAUACAGGAACUGAUUCAUCAACAGCGUCUACAGAUGCAGCGGUUACAACAAAAUUGUCUGGAAAAGCCAAACAGCUUCAUAAUGAAGCACUUAUUGAGUCCUUUAUGGACACAUCACUAAAAAGCAAGAAAAUCACUCAAGAUACAGGCACUGAUUCAUCAACAGAUAAAGAGAAGACAUCAUUGGGCAAGCUUUCUUCAGAGGUUAAAGAAACAUAUUCAGAAACACGAGAUACAAUUGGUUUAGAGAUAUCUCCAAGUAGGUCUCAAGAUUUGCCUGAGCAUCUCGAAGAUGUAGAGGAAAAUAAAGAUGUACGUCACAAAAAGAAACGUGUUGAAAUGUCAACAAGUUUAAGAACACAAGAGAAAGACCAGAAGAAGGAAAUAGAGAAGAUGAAUAGAGAGCUAACACUUCCAGAUGGCUUUGUUGAAAGUGUACUUAAAUAUUCGUCAAAAAUGAAACAAGACAGAGGGAAUGAACUGUCUGUAAAGAUAUAUGACUUUGCAGGCCAGAAGGUGUAUGCUUCAACGCAUCAGGUGUUUUUAGCAUCAAGAGCUGUUUAUAUUCUUGCAUUCAAUCUUUUGGAUGACUUGGACUCAAAUCUUAAACACGAGCAUGUCCAUUACAACUAUCUGACUCUGUUGAAUUGGAUAAUAAAUCCAUUCAAGAAAGUAAAGCUUAAAGAGACAAAUCUUGAACGGCUUCAUUUUUGGCUGCAGUCAAUACAUGCAAAUGGAAAAGUAAGUGGACAAGCAGCAGAUCAACAGCAACUGUCACCACCUAUAUUCAUUGUUGGAACACACAUGAAUAAAUUAUCUGGAAACAAAACAAAAAGAGAACAGAAGCUUAAAGAGAUUGAGGAGAAGAUAUUUUCGUCAUUGAAAGAUACUCCUUAUGAACGUCAUGUUGUUACAAAACUGUUUGCCGUUGAAAACAGCUUAGAUGAAGACAAUGGAAUUUCAGAACUUAGAAGUCACUUGGAAAAGGUUUGCCUUGGUGAGCCCUACAUGGAUUUUCUUACCCCAGUAACCUGGCUGAAAUUGCUUGCAGAUCUAGAGGAGAAACGAAAUGAAGGAAAGCAUUGUCUUAAGCUAGAAGAGGUCAAGGCUUUGGCUGAGGAAUGCAAAAUCAAGGGAAGUGUCCACAUUGUUUUGAACUUCUUUCAAGAUAUCGGAGAGGUUGUUUAUUUUGGGAGAGAGGAAGAUCCUGACGGAAACCUUUUGAAAGAAAAUAUCAUUCUGGAUCCACAGUGGCUGGUUGACUUGUUUAGAACUAUCAUAACACACAUCAAUUUUGAUGAGCAACAUGCAGACUAUAAGGAUUCAUGGAGGAGGCUGAAAAAAGAAGGAAUCUUGCAAGAACGAUUAGCAGAUCGUUUGUGGAAGGAUGUUGGGGUGUCAAAGGAAUUCUUGUUUGAGAUUAUGAAAAAGUUCUAUCUUAUUUGCGAGAAGAUUCGUUCAGAGAAGGAUGUAGGAUCUGAAUCAUCCGAAGCUGGAAGGCUAUUCCUCGUACCCUGUCUCUUCAAAGACUUCGAGUGUGAAUCUCCUAAGCUUGUGGAAAAAAGGUUUCCUAUGAUACGUUUCUACAUCGACUUCCAAGGGUUCCUUCCCAGCGGACUCUUUCAUAAGGCACUCGUUAGGAUUAUUGCUUGGUCUCAGGAUCAAGGAGGUCGUGAUCUCCCACUAUAUCGCAAGCGUGGAGAGUUCUAUGUAGAUCAUGCUCACGACAUGAUCCUGCAGUUAAGUCCACUUAACAAGUCUACGGUUGAGGUUAUGAUUCUGAGGGUUGAUGGAAAAGCACAGGAUCCUUGUAAAAGGAUUUGUAGAAAGGUUUACCAGUUACUAAAAGAUUGUUUUGGUGACAUCUGUACAAUAUGGGCGAAAGGUCUGAACUACCAAUUUGCUAUCGCAUGUGAUCAAUGUAAUAGUGACAAACCACAUUUGCAUCCAUUUGAAGAUUGCCAAAAACCGAAAGUUCCUUGUACCCAAUCCAAACGGAUGGAUGUGACUAAAUACCAGGAGAGCUUCCUGAAAGAAUAUCAUGAAUCUACUUGCCCGGAUUGCAGCCUUUGCGGAAGUGACCAAAGUCCUGCACGCCCAAUCGCCCAAAAAGAAGACUUCAAGAAAGCCGCUCAAGUGUCAACUCUAGGUUUUGCAGUAGAUGAGUCAGUAUUUCCUAGGGUGCUUCUAACAGUUUCACAGAGCAUCGGUACAGAUCUUAACAUAUGGAAAGUGGCCCUCAAAGAUGAAAUUAAGAAUGCAAAUACUGUACAUAAGGCAGCAGAGGCAACUGAGCUGUUUAAUGCUCUGAGGGACACUGCCAUACUAAAGGCAGAUGAUAUAAGUAUUCUGUUGGAGACCAUUAACCUCACCAGUGUACUCCAUUUGCAGAAACACAUCCCUAACUGUCCACGCCUUGAUAAUAUCAAGAUCACUCAUUUCUCUAAGUUCAGGCAGUCUGUGAUGACCUUUGGACUGCAACUCAUCGACCAUGACAUCAGGUUGAUUGCACAGCGUUAUGAGCUUCCUGGCCAAUACAGUGACAAGUGGUCACUUAUAAUGGACUUGGAAAAUAAUCUCAUACUGGCAGAUGAUGAUAAGUUACUAGAUGAUUUCAAACAUACGUUAGAUAAACUAGGACUGAGAAGACUCUGCCGACUGUUGUACAGUGACCGAAGUCCUGCAAGCCCAAUAGGUUUGUAAUUAGUGUCUGUUUCUCAUUAGAAAAUUAUUUGUCCAUUGUUUUGAAGUAAAUAUUGACUACAUACACAAACGAAUAUCGUUCUUGUAAUUGGCACAGUCGUUCUAUUCUAAUUUGUGGCAUAAUCUUUCAAUGAAGAAAUUACAUGCACUAAUUUACGUGAUUGGUAUUAACUUGGUAUUCAUUUAUAUG